UCUUCAGCACCACUCACUGACAAUCCAACCAACCGGAGAGGUAAGACAGGCACAACUGAGUUCUCUGCUGCCUUUUGAGGAUUUUAUCUCUAACGAUAACAAACCUGUAGGCUUCAACUUUUUUCUUUAGCCGACGUGUUAUCCAAUUCCAAUUUAGACGAGUUUCACCUGCUGAAAGAACUGCAAUUUCUUUGGCUCUCUCUGUCCUUUUUUAUGAAGAGGAUAGACCAUGUGGUUGGUGGACGAAUGAUAGCCCAUUGUGAUUUUACACUGCGGAUUUUGAUUUGGUUAUUUGCAUCGUGGCUCCAUAAACAAAGUUUUGGGGGAUUUUUGUGACACUUUAAAAGUGUAGAAAUGUACCCAACCACUUAAUUUAAUCAGUUGUGGUUGACAGAAGUUUAUUAUCUUACAGGUGACUUUAAGUAGAUAUUUUGUGAGCUUUUGUUUUCCUUUUUAUCGACGGAUUUGUUUGGUAUAUCUAGACGGAAUGCUGGCUUUAGUUGUUGGACUGUGGUAUCUGAGCAGCGGAUGCACGGUGCGGAGCCAGGGUGCUACAGGUAGCCGUUUUGUCUGUAACGCAAUUCCUCCGGGCGCAGAACCAGGCUGCGUGUAUGCUCCCACGGGGAACCGUGUCCAGAGUAGCAGUCCUGCGGAGGACGAGCUGCGUAACACGAUCAUCCAGCUCCGGGAAACUAUCCUGCAGCAGAAGGAGACAAUCGUGAGCCAACAGGGGACCAUUAAAGAGCUCAACUCCAAGCUGGCGCGCUGCGAGGCUGCAUCCGACGAUAUGGCGCAGGGCAAGUCCCGGGGUCAGGGCUCCAGACGGAAAGAGUAUGGGAAGAACACCAUGGGGGACUUGCCUCGCGACCCCGGUGAGACAAUAGACCAACUGGACAAAACCAUGCAGAGUCUCAAAGGUCGGCUGGAGAACUUAGAGCAACAGAGUUUGCAUCUCCCUAUCACAAACACAUCAGCUGGAGGAGUCUCGGCCUUGACUCCCCUGCCACCAGAGCUCCGCGAGCUGCUGCGGCAACGUCUGGGGGCGCUGGAGACCCAGCUACUCCGGAAGGUGGCGGAGCUGGAGGAGGAGAAGAGCCAGCUUUACAACGAAACUGCGGCCCACCGCCAACGCACUGAGAACGCUCUCAAUUCCCUCCUGGACAGGAUCACAGAGCUUGAGAAAAGUAAUAAUGCCUUUAAGUCGCCUGAGGACUUUAAGGUGUCCCUCCCUCUCCGUACUAACUAUCUGUAUGGACGCAUCAAGAAGAGUCUUCCUGAGAUGUAUGCCUUCACCGUUUGCAUGUGGCUCAAGUCCAGCGCCAGUCCUGGCAUCGGCACCCCAUUCUCCUAUGGUGUGCCAGGCCAGGCCAAUGAGAUAGUCCUCAUUGAAUGGGGGAACAACCCCAUUGAGCUUCUAGUUAAUGAUAAGGUGGCCCAGCUCCCUCUGUCAGUGAGUGAUGGGCGUUGGCACCACAUCUGCAUCACCUGGACAACCAGAGAUGGUUUCUGGGAGGCUUAUCAGGAUGGCGAGCGUCUAGGCACUGGAGACAACCUGGCCCCCUGGCACCCAAUUAAACCUGGAGGAGUAAUCAUCCUGGGCCAGGAGCAGGACAUUGUCGGAGGCCGUUUCGAUGCGACCCAAGCCUUUGUAGGCGAGCUGAGCCAGUUCAACAUGUGGGACAGAGUACUGCGGCCCGUGGACAUCAUGGGUUUAGCCAACUGCUCAGCUUACAUGCCCGGCAAUGUGGUUCCUUGGAUUGAUGCCAAUGUGGAAGUGUUUGGCGGUGCAAGCAAAGCUGCUUUGGAAAUCUGUGAAGACCGUGCUUUUGACUCCUAAAGGAUGCAAUAUGAGGAAUCUAGUAUGGCUGCAGGGAUCUAGAAGCUGUAUUUGUUGACUGUUGCCUCUUUCAAAUCCCAAAGGCAAGAAUAGCAGCGCACCAUUUUUACAUAUUUAUAUGGUGUGACUGCAUGGUCUCAAAUACUCUGUUUAUUGGAUUUACAAGUUAUUGUGUCCAUUCAGUGUGAACCCUGAAGACAUUCAAGGAGAAGUCAUCUGAGAAAGAUACUAUAUGCUGUUGCAUCAGACUGCUGCAGUGAUAUGAUCUGCUGUCAUUUUGUGCUUUUUUCCCCUUCUUUAACUCAGCUGUCAUUUGACUGCUCUUUGAAAACAGCUCUUCUUGGUUGCAUUCCUUAUGAUGACAACAUUGCAGUGUAUUCCUUGUUAAUGUGAGCUCAAAACAGGCUUUGAUGUGCUGUAGAAAAACUGUGGUCGAGCACUACACGCUGCAAGCUUUUUUUCACUGUUUGAAGAGAAGCGAGACACAGAAGAAGACGGGCAGUGGAAUGAGGUGGAUGCUCAUAAGUUUAAAAUGGACAACAGCAUGCCUUCUUUUCAGGCAUCCAAACCUGGCAGGUUGUUUAAAUAUUAUGCAUGAGCUUGGGCAGUGAAGUUAGGAUCACCAGUGGCGUUGCAUGCUUCCUGUCAAUCCUCAGAGUGAGUGUGGUGCGCCAAAACCAACCAAUGCAGCGUGCUGACAUUACAUAAGAUUGUGUGUGUAUGUUCCUGUGAGCAUGGCUUGUCUUGCGUGUAAAAAGACCAGAGAUUAUGAAAGAGGCAGGACAUUUUCAUUCUUGUAAAUCUAUGCUUAAUACCUCACUGCCCCUUGAGCAGCUGCCAUGUCCCAAACAGCUUUGUGGAUGGGCUGGCUCUGCUCAGGUUAAUAGCAAUGUCGGACCGUUGCCUAGGACUGGCAAAUUGAAAAUAGCUGUGAGCGCCAGCUUGAGUGCUCAAUGAGGGCAGGGCCUAGGUCUGACCCUCAAGGACAAUCCUUAAUUCCUCAUGUGGGUAGUAAUUAUCCAUGUUUAUGAAUGAGAGAGGCGGCGAGCAGCUCUGAUCCUCUCGUAUUUCUAUAAGUUAAGUUUGUCAUAACUGAUAAAAUAUUGAGCUGGAGAAGUGAAGUCAGAUCAGAGCAGUACUUUGUGGACAUUAUAAAUGUUGCUAUCAGAUGUAAUUCGUCUUAAUUGCUUCACACUGGACAAGAAUAAAGGUUUUGAUCCAUGGAUGUGAUAUAUUUUUUAAAACGUACGAGCUUGGUGCACUCUGGCACCAAAUGCUGAAAAAACUGUUCUUUGCAGCUUAGCUAAAGUUUGUUGUUAAUGUUGCAACUGACAUUUGUUUAAAUGUUGGCUUUUGAUUUUUUUUUCCCCUAAAAGAAAAACAUGUAAUGGAAGCAACAGAGAUUAAAUUUGGUAUCACAUCCAGAUAUUUUUUUUUCUCUCUUCUUGGAAUUUCCGAAUAACCAGUAUAAAAUAAAUCUUCUGUUCACACUUUUAAAGCUAAUAUGCAGUAAGCUACUUGACAGCACAGAAUGUUGCAAAAGUGAAUACAAUAAGGGAAGUGCACCCUUGACAGCUUAAGGUUUGUUAACAUGUUGUGAUUGUUCUUUGGAGUGUCUUUGUUAACAAUGUUUUAAUGUGAAAUCCAAUAAUUUUUUUCCUGUAAAAAUAGUUUUUUUCCCUUUUAUGCUCCUGAUUCUUGUCCAUUAGCAGGACAUUAUUUAAAGAAAAAUAAAGUCAGGAGUACUAAAAUGCAUUGUUUAAAUGGUGAAUGGCCUUUGUGAGAACCAUAUGUGCUUUUUGCUUGUGGACUACUAAAAUGUUUUGUCAGCUUCUGCAGCACACCUCCCUAGCAGCACAGAUAAUUAGGGGAUCAAGACCAAGCUAAAUGUGUUUUCAAGUUUUCUUCAUGUGCAGUACCAGCUUAAGUUUGUUUGCCCCUUUUUUGCCAUAAAACAAAUGUCCUUUUGCACCCAAUAAAAGUCAACAUGAUGUGACUUUUAACACAGCAACUUAAUGAUGUGACAGAAUAACUGAACAGCUGUUUGAACAGUUGAAGCAUGUUUUAUUGAAUUUUCAUUGCGUUGCAUUAGUGAUGAACUCAGAGUGGAGUCUAACUCUGCCAAGGUCAUCCGCAGCUCUUCUUAAUAAAGAAACUGUGCUUUAACCUCAGAUUAAGCUGUUUCACCCCAUAAUGUCAUGUUUGUGCUGACAUUAAUUAAAAUGCAGGUAUUUGUCCAGUUCGUAGCCACAUCAUUUGUCAACCUACUCAUAACACACAUGGGAGUAGAUGUCCUCAUCUGGACAAUGAAAUGUUGUCAGCUGAGGAGAAAUCCUCUGGAUUGGCUAAUGUCCAGGGGGAAAUAAAAAAAUCUGCCCAAUGGAUUAUGAGAGCUGCUACAAUGUAGGACACUGUGAGUAUUCUUUUCUCUCCUUGAUGCUGUGUGCCGAUACUUUUGCAAGUGUGAUGGUGGAGAUGCACCAUGGGGGGCCCUGUUUUUAACAGGACAACAAUCGGAGGUAUCCUAAUGAUAACUUCACGUCAUGUGAAUUAUGUGUUAUGACCUAUUUAUUUAUUCAUUUUUAGGAGGUGGAGACAUAAUUUGUGUCUAAUUUUAUUGCAUUGCUGCUGUGAUGCUGCACACCCUGGUGUUUUGCAAUGUUAAGUACAAAUUAAUUAUGAAAGUGAACAAUCCAACUUGCUUUUAAAUAAAUGAUAAAUACACUA